AUGAGGUCUCAUAUUUGCGAUCUGACUCGCGAGUAUUAUGAGCACAUUGUGAGCAUUGAGGAUCACGAAGUCUGCUCGACAAAAACGAUUCCCGGGUUGGCCAAGCAGAGUGCUUUCAAGGGCAGGGAGGUUCCAGGCCUUCAAUCCCACAUCUUCUUGUGGACCCAUUCGGGAAGCCAGGGAAGGGCAGAUGUUGGUCUGUCAAAGGUCAAUCGUCAAGAAGCUGACAUGGCAAUUUGGUUGGCAUACUACUUGGUUCAGUGUGGCGUGCCCAAGACCUCGAUCGUCAUCCUGACGCCCUACAAGGGGCAACUCAUGCUUAUUCGCAAGAAAUUGCUUGAGGAACAGUCAGCCGAAAAGUUACUUUCACGCGAUUGGGAUGAAAGCAGCCAAAUCAGGCUUUCGACCGUGGAUCGCUUCCAGGGUGACGAAGCAGACAUUGUCAUCGCAAGUCUCGUUGUUGACGAGAAUUCUCGCACACCCUUCGUCAAGCUCGUGAAUCGGAUGAUUGUGCUUCUCUCACGCGCUAGAAUUGGCAUGUAUAUCCUGGGAAACACAGGCUAUUUUGAGAACUCCCGUCAGGACAUCAAGCAUUGGCACAGAACAUUCGCUUUGUUGCAGGAGCCUGCAAACAGCUGUGAUAGUGCCGACAGGCGCUUGGCAGAGACCUUUGAAAAGUCGCGGGUGGGAUCCAAGCUGCCACUUUGCUGUCCCCAACACACACAGUCGAAAUUUGAUGCUGCUCGGGCCACAGAGGUGCAACUUGGCUUCUGUGAAGUCCUGUGUCAAGUGCCACUGCCAUGCAGCCACCCCUGCGGUCUGAAGUGCCACUGGCCUCUGCAGAAGCACAACAAGCAAUGCCGAGCGAUGGUGGCAUCUCCUUGUGCACGUCAUGAAGCGGACAUCACCUGUCAAAGUGUUUUUGCCAACAGCAACCAGCCUGCAUUUAUAAUCAAGGUUUUCGAGCAAGUUUAG